CCAUCAGAAACCUAGCAAUUACAAAGCACUAGCACAUACUUUUGUUUAAAAAACAAAACCCAAUUUAAUGAUUAAAAGAAUCAGGGUAAAGUUGGUGUCUUUAGCAACUGUUCAAGGAUGAAGGCACUGCGGCUGAGAAGGCGAUGCCAUCCAUCCUGUAACUGGCUUACAUGGAUUUACCCAAGAGCAACUUCAUUCUACUCUUCUGUCGUGCCAUGGAGCCCAAAGAGCAGUUCCCAUGUGCAUACUUCCCUGCACAUGAGAACACAGCAGGCGAGCUACUCUCCCAUCUUCCUGCAAAGAACCAGAAAAUGCUUGCAGGAGUCUCUGACUAAGCUGUAAGCCAUUUCCACUUGAAGGCAAGAGCAUAUUGAGAAAUCUCUCCUGCUGUCUGUGGUCUCUCCCUUUGAGUAAAUACCAGUAUGGAGAGAAACUCUCAUCUAUACAGCCAGCUGCCGACCGCUGGCUCCCCAUUCCUCAUGCUCCUGCUGUGUAAGUAGGAUGCUGCUCCUUGUAUCAUGUGUCACAACAUGCAAUCCAGGCCUCCCCCUCCCCAUGCCAGUCCCUUGCCAUGGCUUUUCCCCUCCUCUCAAAUCACUGAGGAUGUCACUCUGAGGCCAAAGUCCGUGCAAAGCCAUGCCAUCCUACCACCCCUGCAGUGCUUCUCUUUAGGGAAAGUGGUUUCCAAGCAGUGAUACAAAGCUUUAGCUAUUAAGGACCAAAGCCCCUCACCCAGGCAGCCGGCACCCAUCCAGAAAUGCAGGAGCCUGUUGCCCAGUGCUUCAGCUUUCUAUGUGCCAGCUGGACCAGGGAGGCUCAGUGUGCCAAGCAGCGAAUGUGUGAAUGGGAUCUACGCCCGUACAGCCCCUGAGAAGUAGAAAAUCCAUGUGACCGGAUCCGCCAGAACCAACCCAGCAACAGGGAUGACAAGGGGAAAAAAAAACCUAGUCUGUUUCUCUAAAGAAAACCCUCAAACAUAAACAAACAAACAAACAAGCCCAAGUCAUCUCCAAAGUGUCAUAUAUUUUGUUUUCAUCCCUUGUCUUAAAACGUUGCACAGAGUUCUGUGUGUGUGGCGGCUGUUGGCCAAAUGCAAAGAAAUGAGUGGAUCUUCGAGUUCCUGGAAAGACUACUCUCAUUUUGAAAGUCAACACAACCAGGCUCCCUAUAAAUGCUCAAUAAAUAUUUGUGGGAUGACAUCUGGAGGAACGCAGAGUCUUGCUGUGUGUUGAGUAUCCGGGGAGCCCAGGAAGAAGAACCCACAGAUCCCCAGUUGAUGCGACUGGACAACAUGUUGUUAGCGGAGGGGGUGGCCGGACCUGAGAAGGGUGGAGGGUCGGCAGCAGCGGCAGCCGCCGCCGCAGCUUCCGGAGGGGCAGGCUCCGACAACUCGGUGGAGCAUUCUGACUACAGAGCCAAACUCUCACAGAUCAGACAAAUCUACCACACGGAGCUGGAGAAGUAUGAGCAGGCCUGCAAUGAGUUCACCACCCAUGUGAUGAACCUCCUGCGAGAGCAGAGCCGGACCCGACCCAUCUCCCCAAAAGAGAUUGAGCGGAUGGUGAGCAUCAUCCAUCGCAAAUUCAGCUCCAUCCAGAUGCAGCUCAAGCAGAGCACGUGCGAGGCUGUCAUGAUCCUGCGCUCCCGCUUCCUGGAUGCGCGGCGGAAGAGACGGAAUUUCAACAAGCAAGCAACAGAAAUCCUGAAUGAAUAUUUCUAUUCCCAUCUCAGCAACCCUUACCCCAGUGAGGAAGCCAAAGAGGAGUUAGCCAAGAAAUGUGGCAUCACAGUCUCCCAGGUAUCAAACUGGUUUGGAAAUAAGCGAAUCCGGUACAAGAAGAACAUAGGUAAAUUUCAAGAGGAAGCCAAUAUUUAUGCUGCCAAAACGGCUGUUACUGCCACCAAUGUGUCAGCCCAUGGAAGCCAAGCUAACUCACCCUCCACACCCAACUCAGCGGGUUCUUCCAGUUCUUUUAACAUGUCAAACUCUGGAGAUUUGUUCAUGAGCGUGCAGUCACUCAAUGGGGAUUCUUACCAAGGGGCCCAGGUUGGAGCCAACGUGCAAUCACAGGUGGAUACCCUUCGCCAUGUUAUCAGCCAGACAGGAGGAUACAGUGACGGACUCGCAGCCAGUCAGAUGUACAGUCCGCAGGGCAUCAGUGCUAAUGGAGGUUGGCAGGAUGCUACUACCCCUUCAUCAGUGACCUCCCCUACAGAAGGCCCUGGCAGUGUUCACUCUGAUACCUCCAACUGAUCUCCCAGCAAUCGCAUCCCGGCUGACCCUGGGCCCCAGUUGGGGCAGGGGCAGGAGGGAGGGUUUCUCUCCCAACGCUGAAGCGGUCAGACUGGAGGUCGAAGCAAUCAGCAAAUACAAUAAGAGUCUCCUUCUCUUCUCUUCUUUGGGAUGCUAUUUCAGCCAAUCUGGACACUUCUUUAUACUCUCUUCCCUUUUGUUUUGUUUUUUGUUUGUUUGUUUUGUUGGUUGUUUUUUUUUUCUGGGUAGAAGCCACCCUUCCCUGCCUCCAACUGUCAGCCUGGUUUCCAUCAUCUCCCUGUCCCCUGCCCUCUGUUCUGGAUUUCUGGGGUUCCUGUCCUCUAUUGCAUCACUGAAGGAUAUUUUCAACAAUUAGGGGAAUUUAAAGAUGACAAAAAAAAUCCACAAAGAGAAUAAUAAAGUGUUUGUAUGUUUUCAUGCUGGUGGUUUGAGGAGCCAAAUUUACCUCACUCUAUCCCUCAUACCUAUAUUAACAGGAAAUGCCCCUGUGUCUCUCUUGUUGCUCUCACUACCUCUUACUAGGAAUAUGCCACAUUGCCCUUCUCAUUCCAGAUCACUCUCCUCCUCUUGUUCCUCCUCCUGGGUACAACACUGAUUGAGAUACUUUCUUCCUCUUCCUUCUGGUCCCAGGUAUUCCUUGUGGAGUGCUGGACUUGUAAAAAGUGCCCCAUUUUCCAGUUUCAGCUCUGUUAGGUUGAUUCCCAUGCAAGAAGUCAGGCAGCAGGGGAAGGUAGAAGGAAGAGUAGGACAGGAUUCUUCUGGCUUUCUCAUCUUCCUAACCACAGCUCUUGGUGUCAGAGGUACAGUCUUUGGAGACCAUUCAACACUUAGAUAAAAAUGUUCAAAACCAACCACAAACCAGGUUUAGCAUAGUGCUAAAUGCUACACCAGUUAGGAAUAGAAGCUUCUGAUGAUGACAGGCUUCAACUAUCUCUCCACACACAUGCACACAAACAUACAUUUAGAACGUGCACACUCUCAUGUGCUCUCUUACUAAAGAUGCCACGUGCAAAUACAUACAUUAGUCGCGACAGCACCCUCCCUGGUGAACCUGAGAAAGGGAAAGGAGUGAUCUUCAGAGUGAAAGUAAUCGAUAUGGAAAAGCCUGGGGCUUGUCUGCCCUGUAGACAGAAGCUUACCAGAAUGGCAUGCCCACAACUGUCCUGUGCUGAAGAUCAGGUCUGCAGCAUAAAGUAAUCCUGCCCACCCCACCUCUAGAGUGCUCAGGGAACUACAGCACAUACUUACAAUGUCUACCAUGGAUUUGGUUGUUUUAUUUUUUGGUUUUCAUUUUUGUAUUUAGGCAUAAUGCAUUAAGUAUCCAAAAUAGUGUAAGAACAGGGUUCAGGUGAGCAUAGGGCUACCUUCAUUUGAAGGGUUGUGGGAAAGGGGCCAUAAUGUUUUCAUUGAAAUUAUCAUGGUAAUUUCUAUUUGCUGAGAUUGUGUAACCAAACAGCAUGCAAUGGAAAGCUAUUCUCAAAUUUCACCUGAAAUAACUAAUACAUUUCAGCCAGCAAUAAAGAUGGCAGCUCUGCUCAGUUGGGAGGUGGAAAGAUCUUUUAGUGCAAUUUCUUCUUCUAUAAACUGAGAUUUGCUGUGCAGAACCCUCUGCAUUUCCACCAAGUAGCUCUGUAGAAAAACUGAUUUGUUCAUGUUCAGUAGAUAAAUGCAAAGCUGUGGGACGUAACAUCCUUAAAUUAAGGAGGUUCAUGCUUUAUCAAGGACAAUAAAUGAUUUUCUUGUUCCAAAUUCUGGUUACUAUCGCUGCCUGGAUAUCAUCACCAUCUGACCAAAACAAAAACCAACUUGUUUUUCAGGAUUUGUUUUGUUUUGAUUUGAUUUUGGUCUGUUUGAAAAAGUAGAACCUGGUUCUGUUUGUCCUUGAAUCCCAUAUGUGGCCUAGUAAGUACCUGCCCAUUACCACAUGUGCUCCUCUUGAGAGGCUUCCAGGAGAAGGUACCGGAUCUUAAGGGCUGAGGAUGGCUAGUCAACAAAGCCAUGGAAUUCUGCAUGGUAUUUCAGUAAUGUGCAUUUGGAGGAGCUGGGGAUACUACCUAAGUAAUAGAUAUAUCUAUUUGAAUGAAAUAGCAAAAUGACAAAACUGGAAGUAUUUGUAGAUGAUCAAGGCCAGUAGAAAGACCAUGUCUACUAACUGUGGCACAGUCAGAACAGGGCUAGACCAACCAGGUUUCUAGAAGAAACAUCUUUGUGACAACUCUUUAAGGAUGAGAACCAGGAGAGAAGUUUUUCUCAGUGGCACGAAUAUAUAAACUACUCACACAGGAAUACGGUUUAGUCACAUCACUUGAUGCAGGACAAAGUACAAAUGAACCAAAACACAACAACUUUAACAAAAACACAGGAGAAACAAAAAGAAUGGCUCCAGAUCUGGAUUGACUGUCACUUCUUAACUUAAUGGAAAAAGAAAUCAGAGCCGUGCUACAUUUGCAUAGGCAGUACCCUUCCCAGCAGUAGUUUUUAGUGACUACCUUACACAGCAUCUUCCCCUUCCAGUACCUCACUGGGGUCUCCUUUGAACCUAACCCUUUUUACAGUCUCCUUUCCAAAUACAGUCACUUCCAACAUGGCAGCAGCCAUGAGAGAGCCAUGCAGCUCUCUCUGCAUUAAGCUAGACCUGAGAACACUGGCAGGCUAAGUGUGGACCGGAAAAACAUGUCUCUGGAAAUAGUUCCCUGGAAAUUUAUAUCAGAUCAACUCCAAACUCCCAAUCUAUCCCCAGCAUUCCUUCAUUUUCUAAUGGAAGUGGGAGUGUCCCAUUUUCUCUGACAUCAAAUUUCCCCAGGUAAAUGAUUCUAGACUUUGGGUUUGCCCACCUUGUAACUCUUCAUUACAUCUUCCUCCACCCCUAACUCCUUCCCCUGGAAUGGAAUAUACUCCAGCGCAGUACUUAAGCCCACUGGCCCCCUCUUUAAAUUUUAUUUCUUCUUUCGCUGUCCUGGUUUUUUCUUUAUUUGCUGGUUGCCUCUUCUCACAUCUUUCUUUUUCCUCACGUUCCUUCUGCUCUUUAUUUUUCUGCCCAGAAAAACCUGACUUCGAUACCAAAAAAGAUGAAACUACAGAAAUUCAAAUUUAAAAGAAAAAACUGAAAAAAACAAAAAAAUACUCAAUGAUUCUUUCAGCUUUAUUAACAUUUUCCAUUGUUUUCUUGCAACUUGUGUCUCGUUCUUUGUAGUAUUGAUUGAACAUUUGAUAAUGAAUGUUCUUGUAUAUUCAGAUAAAAGAAAAAAACCAAAAAAGCGGUCUGAAUUUAAUAGUGUUUAUAAUAAAAAAUUUUAAAAAAUGACCCUCCUCACAGCACGCAAAACAGGAUGGGGAAUUUACCCCCUCUUUCUGUGACCAUUGCAACACGCAUCAUUCCUGCAUUCAUUUUUUAACACCAAACUACCUACAUUCAUUUCCCCCAUUUUUCUUUUAUUUUCUUGCAUUUGUGAAUUAGUUCAAGAAUGCUAGAAAAGUGUCGAGUUGUGCACAUCCAUUUCCUGUUUCACAAUGUUUAAAAGUGACAGUAAUUCAUUUUGUAAACUAAAAAAAAAAAAAGGUUGGAAUAGUGAGCAUAUAGGUACAACCUAACACAUUAUUAUGUUUAUUAACUUUGAGACCCAGGAAUAAAUUCUUUUCUUUUCUUUAUUCAUGUUCUUAAAAAAUACAAAAAAAAAGUUUUGUUUUGUGUUAUUUUGGGUUUGUUUAUUUGAGUGGGGAGGGCUUUUUUAAUUGUCAGGAUUAUGAUCUUGCUGUUUUUAUUCUUAAAUAUGUAUACAAGGUGAUGUGAAAAGAUGACAUUAGUAGAGUAGCCUUGUUCUACUUAGCUUCAGAAUUCAGUUGAUGUCAAAAAUAAAGAUAGAGCCCACAUGAACAUCUCCCCACUUACCUGUGUUUCCAGAGUGAGUGGCGCUCUAGCAGUCCCUCUGAACUAUAGUCAGGGACUUGCUUCUAUUUUUGGCUUUUUAAAAAUUCAGGUACACAGCCCAAAGUAUCUUCUUAUACUAUAGGAAAAGGGUUUUGCCUUUGUUGAUUCUGAAUGUCAAAAUCAAGUGCUUUCUUUCUCCACAGUUGAUAACAUUCCAUGAAAGGCCUCUUCCAAUAGAAAGGAUUUUCCUUCUAGAAGAAUCCACAGGAGAUACUGCUGUGGUGGACACUGCUGGCCAAACUUAGUAGAUCUAGGAAUCAGAUGCUGGUUCUGAAUGAAGAGUUUGUGAGAUUCUAAGCCAGACUUGAUGCUGUAGAUUUCAUGCUAAGAAAUUAAGUUUGGUAUGGUGAAAGUCCUCUGAACUAAAUGGCUGCUUAAAGCCGGCUGGAUUUGGAAUGGUUUGUAUUAGUUAAAGGAAUAAAGAAAGCAAUAUCGUCUGGGGGAAAACCCUUAAUUUUAGACACCACUCAUUCAACAAGUUAUCUGCUCAGAAAGCUAGAAUUUCUGUCAGAAAAGUGAAGAAUGAAUGUCAAGUUGUGGAGGAAUGCUUCAGAAAGCAUUUUCACCCCAAUGCUGAGCUCUUGUUUGUAUGGUCUUACAAAAUAAUGAGGAGCUUUUCACAUCACCUUUGUGGUUUAAAUCCCUGGCUCAAAGCUUUCUGGAAACCUCUAUUUUUUGUAACCUUUUUUUUUCCCUUUUGUUAAAAUAAAUAAAAAAACAUUGAAUGUCCCUACCCUACCCCUUUCUCUCUUACUUCUUUUCUUCCAUUUUGGCAUUUUCAUUUUGAAGUGCUUUCCUUUGGUUGUUGGUUUUAUUUCCCCCUCCUUCUCCCCCUCCUUUUUUCUUGUUAUUCAGAGUAUAAACCUGCAAAGCUCUGCUCUGUUUUGGUUUUGAAAGUUUAAGCUUUUCUGCUUCUGUGAGAGCACAGGCUUCUGGCCCUUUUGAUUCCAACUGAACUUUUUGUGUUCUCUAAUGAUACUAACACGGUGUAGGUUUUACAGUCUCCUAAUUUGUACUGGUAAUGCAUAUUCCAAAUAAAUAGUUUCUUUUGUUGCAAAAAA